UGAAAAAUGAGAGGGAAUGCAAAAAUCACUAUAACGACACUUCAUAUUAUUAACGACAGCUCUGUGGCUAUCGUUGAUGAACGACAAUUUUGUCUAUUUUCAACGACAAUCGUUGUCUACUGAAUAAGAAAAGUCGUCUGUGAACGAUUAUCGUCUAUUAGGAUUCCCCACUCGACCAUUGACUGUUGGGUUCUAAUUAACAGUGCUGUUCCUAAAGUGGCGCUGGGAAACAGUAACAAAGCCUACACAGAACACACAUGAUUGAGAAUUUAAAAAAACACAAAUUUGAGACUGGCAUAUUAGGUAUAUACACCUAGGCCAUAAAUCGAAAAAAAAAAAAAAAAAAAAAAACGACGUCGUUCAGAGUUACUGAAUAGGCCCCUUAAACUGACAAACAUCAAAAUAAGUUUAUAAACAUCGCCUGUUACCUAUCUAUUUUUUUAAUCAUCUGAGCAUGAUCUGAUGUUUUGUCCACCAGUUGACAGAUUUUUUGCUUUGUGACUUUUCUGAACAGAAGUUUUUUAUAGGUUAAGUCUACAUAAAUAGAUUCAAAUAUUCAAAAUAAAUAAUAUUAAAUAUUUUAAAUUGUUUGCCAUAAACAAUGCAGAUUUGUGGAAUUUGCGGAAGCAACCAUUGUGCAAUGGACUGUGAUAUAAUACAAAUGAUGUCCCAUAUCCCUGAUAAAAUCAUUCCAUCUAAAGCGAAAUUAACUUUACCAGACGAUUUAACAUUAAAAAAGAUGGCAGAUAAUACUUACAGCGUAGUUGCGACAUACGCAAUUUGUAAAGGAACUCAGUUUGGACCAUUGCAGGCAAAAAAACUUUGUUCCUUAUUGCCAGCUAUUUGUUUUCCUUUGAGAGUAUUCUACGAAACUGAAGACGAUUUUUCUGAAUAUUAUCUAGAUACUAGUGAUGAAAAUGAAUGUAAUUGGAUGAUGUUUAUUAAUCCUGCCAGUGAUUUUGAAGAACAAAACGUAGUUUGUUAUCAGGAUGAGGAAGACAUUUACUAUAUUACUAGCAGAGAUAUUUGUGAGGGCGAAGCCUUAAAAGUAUGGUACUCUCCAUAUUAUGCUACAAAAAUGAAGAAAGACAUAUUAAAACCUUUAAUUAGUGAAACUAAUGAAAAUUUAAAAAAUAACGAGUGUAUAGAUGCACUAGUUAGAAAGAAAAAAAAUAUUACAUCAAGGGAAAUGUGGAGCUGCAAAUUCUGUGGUAAAAUGGAAAGAAACCUUUCAGAAUUUGCUCUGCACCUAUUAAAACACUAUCGUGCAAAAUUGGGAAGGUAUUGCAAUAUAUGUAAUGUCUCUUUUCAAAAAGUUCAAGGUUACCAAAAACAUUUGAAAAUUGUUCAUGAAAAAGACGUUAUAAACAACAAACUUUCUCUACAGUCAGAGCCAAAAUCAGUCAUAAAAAAGGCAGAUAAACAGACAGAUUCCUUGUCGAAAGAAAAUUAUUUCGGAGGUCCUUUAUUAAAUGAAUUUCUCAGUGAUAGUAUGGAUAAUACAAAUUUGGCAUUGCACCAGUUGGAUUUAACCGGCAUAGAAAAUCAUAGUAAUCUGUUUGAACACGAAAAUUUGAAUCUAAAUAUGGAAUCAAUUCUUCCAGAAAGUGUCAAAGAUUUGGACAAUUUUAAUUUUGAAUUGGCUGAAAACGAAACUGAACAAUUCGUUUGCGAUAUUUGCUUGAAGAUAUUUAGAAAGUUAAAGAAUUUGAUGGAGCAUAUGAAUAUUCAUACUGGAAAGUUUACAUGUGUUGACUGUAAUAAGGUAUUUGCACGAAAAGAAAAUUUAAGCAAUCACCCCUGCAAAUUAUUUUACAAAUUUCAAUGUCCUCAUUGUUCCAAAAUAUUUUUCCAGAAGAAAUAUCUUUAUAGUCAUAUAAAAAAAUGUCAUGACAAAAAGGAUAAGCUGCAAGAAUGUACCACUUCUAAAGAACCGGCACAUCCAACAGUAACAUAUCCAUGUAAUCAAUGUUCUAAAACGUUUACUCAUAAGAAUAAUCUGAUAAUUCAUUCAGCGACCCAUUUACCAAGAGAAAAGUAUACAUGUCCAAUUUGUAAUACAUUGCUGGGUAAUCAAAAGUCUUACAGAAAGCAUUAUAAACUUCACGAAGGACAUGUGAAUAAAUGCGAAAUUUGCCAAAAAGUUUUUAAUAGAAAAGACACUUUACAAUACCACAUCGAUCACGUACAUUCAGCUAAAAUGGAAAUUUGUCCAAUUUGCAACAAAGCGAUAAAAUCGAAAAAAUUGUUAAAAGUUCAUAUGAAAUUACAUAAGGAACACUCUUUUAACUGUUCUCAAUGCUCAUCCACGUUCAAACAACGUCAUAAUUUGACUAGGCAUAUAAAAAUUAAUCAUGAAAUGAACAGGGGGAUCCAAUCGUUCCUUUCAAAUAUCGACAAACAAUAUUCUUGUCCGAAAUGUGAUAAAAAGUUUAAGUUAAGUAAAUCCCUCAAGAAACAUCUAGAAACUUUGCAUCCUGAAGAACAAAUUGAUUACAAAACGCUUAAUUUGAAGAAAAUCAAUCGUAGAAUAGAACCAAACUUUUCUAAACAAAUGGACGACUCUGUUAUGGAUCUAAAACAAACCAUCGAAAAUAUGAAUUUCGAUACCGACGAAAUAAAUCAUGAGAUAACUAUUGAAAUCGAUAAAUUGCUAAAUAACCCCGAAAAUUAUGGUAGCGAAAGCAAUGAUAGACUAGUAGAAAGUUUGAUUAACACGGCAGUAGGUGAAACAAAUUUGGAUAACAAAAUGCAGCCGAAAGAUCCGAUGCUAUCUAUGCCUGAUUUGGAUAUUGAUGAUCACCUUCAUUGAAAAAAUUGACAUCGAUAGAUAUUUGAUACAAGAACUGA